AUGGCCAGCAACCCACCCUCCGAGACCAUCCUCGCCAUUGGCGCCUCCUGCGCAACAUGUCACACAAUCGACUUCCUCCCGACCCGCUGUCCCUCCUGCGGGGACAUAUACUGCUCGAACCACCUCCGCAUCCAUCAGCCCUGCUCUGAUCCUGGUCUGGGUUACAAAGAGUCCAAUACGGUAGUUGGGCCGAGCAGCUUCAAGCCCAGGGGAGGGUGCGAGGUGCAGGGAUGUGGGCGGAUGAGUAUUGAGGGUGUUGGGGGUUGGGGGAGGCGGACCGGGGUGGUACUCAGCGAGAUAGCGUGGGGCCAGCUACAUCGCGCCCAGACAUCACACGACUGUACUGCCCCUCUGGCACAUAAUGCUCGACACGACGCCUUCAUCACACGCAAAGCUCAGGCGCAGGCUGUACUGGCCAAAACGUUCCCUGAUCAGGCGGGACGGGUCAUCCCCAAACCACCUCCCGCGAAAGAUGUACAGCGACCAGCGUCUGCCUCGAAGGCUACAUCCUCAGCCGCUCGUACGACAUCACCACUCGUCCCCUUACCCGACGUCAUGGUACCCGCUCUUUUACCUAUUGGAGAUACGGCUACCAAAACAACCAAAAGCAAGGACGAGAGGAUGUGGGACAUCCACGUCCGCAAGAUCCGGUCUCUCGCUAGUCCACUCAAGGGCAGCGCAGGUGGAUUUGCGGGUACGGAGCAGGAACGGCGCUUCUUUGAGUGGGGCAAGGGAGACGAAGCGGGCAUCAGGAGCUGGGAGGGAGGAGCGAAGUGGGCUGGGAAGCUGGAAAGGAGUUGGGUGCUGGGGUCGAUGCCUCUCGGGAGACUGCUGGACCUCAUGAUGGCCGCUACGGCCACUCCAGCUCCCAAGACUCUCCUCGAUCCUUCCCAGGCAAACUUGGACCCUCAUACUCCUCGACGCCAGUCCCUCGGCUCCUUCUCCUCGUUGGGCAGUACCCCUGCGGACUGA